AUGAGUUUCUCUGAUCAUCUCCCACCUUUUAUGGUGAUGUCACCGCCGACAUUUGCCGCAAACAACGAUGCUAUUGACGUGAGUCUUCAAUUCCCGAUGAACAACGAACCAUUCGACCCACAUUCAUCAUUCGAUCAACCCCCUUCAUUCAAGAGGGCCAGGAUUUCUGAUAGCAACCACUCCAAUGCGUUGGCAUGCCCUCCCAGGAUGAUUCAGCCCCCCCAGAACCCCUCAGCCAACAAAAGAACGAGCCACAUUUUCUUCAAGACCCGCAUCUGUGCAAAGUUCAAAUUUGGUGAUUGUAGGAACGGUGAAAAUUGCAACUUUGCACAUGGGUUUGAAGACAUUAGGCAGCCACCGCCAAAUUGGCAGGAGCUUAUUGGCUCACGCAAUGAAGAACGGUCAUCAUCGGGGAAUUGGGAUGCUGACCAGAAAUUUAUUCAUAAGAUGAAGCUGUGCAAGAAGUAUUACAAUGGGGAGGAAUGUCCCUAUGGUGAUAACUGUAGUUUUCUUCAUGAAGACCCCACCAAGUUCAGGGAGAGCUCAGCAAUAAGCAUAGGAACUGAUAAUGGAUCCCCAAAGUCCUACGUGAAUGGCUUUAGUAAUAUAGAAAGUAAUAGAUCUGUGAACACAGGCUUAAAUGUUUCCAGGGGAAUCGUAAAGUCUACUUAUUGGAAGACCAAACUAUGUAUCAAGUGGGAGAGAACAGGCUACUGCCCCUUUGGGGAGGACUGUCACUAUGCUCAUGGGCAUGCAGAGUUACAAGUUCCUGGUGGACGCAUUGAAGCAGAAACUGCAGGUGCCGUUUCAAUUUCAACUAAAGCUACCCUUCCAACUUUACCAAAAGCUACAUCAGUUUCUACCAAUGAUGCACCUCCUAACUACACAACAAGUCUACCUCCGGCAAGUGAAGAGGAGCAGGGUAACAAGAGUUUGCUGAAGUGGAAAGGACCAAAGAAGAUCAAUAGAAUUUAUGCUGAUUGGCUUGACGAUUUACCGCUUCUUGACAACUUCCCAAGUAGAGUGGAUAGCUGA